AUGGGAAAGCUUCAGCUUAAUCUCCUGCUGGUGGCCUGGGGGGCAACGGUGUCAGCACUACCCCUGCCCCUGCCUUCGUCGCCUUCUCCUCUGGCUUACAUGCUGAAGCUCUUCCAUGGUCACCAGACCCGUACCCACAUCGUCCGCAGCCUGCAGGCCCAGGAUGUGAUGAUGGUGGGACAGCACUGGACUUUUGCCUUUGAUUUUUCCUUCAUGAACCAAGAAGAGGAGCUAGAAGGCGCGGAGCUUCGGCUCCAACUCUCCCCCUUGGGGGAGCCUCCCGCGGAGGCACCAAUCUUGGUCGAGAUCUUUCACCAGCCAAGGUGGGAGGAUGAGGACAAGUCCGAAGCCUGCCUAGAGCGCCGCCGGCUGGCCUUGUUUGUAGUCACUGCCUCCCAAGUCACCUUCUCCUCCGAUGGCAUGGUCCUGGAGGUGACAGAGCCCCUCACCAAUGGGCUCAGGCCCUCGAGCAGCCCAGAGGAUGUGCUGGCCUCGACCAUGGAAGGGGCAGAUGGACCCAGCAAAGAGUGCAAGCGCCGGCCCCCGGAAUAUCCUGUCUCUGAUGUGCAGCUAAUGCUUCACUCCAAGGAACAGAGGCGCCUGGGAAGCUCCCCAUUGCUGUGGGAGGCAGAGAGCUCGUGGAGAGCCAGAGAGGGCAGGAUCUCACAGGAGAAAAUCAGGAGGAACCCUCGACGGAGGAAUGGGCUUGAAAACCGACAGUGUAGGAAGGUCAGGUUUCAAGUGGACUUUAACCAGUUAGGCUGGGGCUCAUGGAUCAUCUACCCCAAGCAGUACGAAGCCUAUCGCUGUGAGGGAGAAUGUCCCAACCCCAUGGAGGAGAGGUUUCAGCCAACCAACCAUGCCUACAUUCAGAGUUUACUGAAGUUCUACCAGCCUCACCAAGUGCCCUCCACGUGCUGCGCUCCUGUGAAGACCAAGGCCCUCAGCAUGCUGUAUCUGGAAAAUGGCAACGUCCUUCUGGAUCAUCACAAGGAUAUGAUAGUGGAGGAGUGUGGGUGUCUCUGA